UUUCAUUGGAAGUACAGAUCACACCAACCCACGGUGAGAUUAGUCUUGGAGAGUCCAAAUUCUUUGUGUGUGAAGUUGUAGGCGUUGCCAAGCACAUAGACUGGUUUGGACCAAGCGGGGACAGGAUAGAGCCGAACAGACAAGACACAACAGUAACCCGUAACGAUGAGUCAUCUUCCACCCUCACGCUGUAUAAAGCCGGGACGGAAAGUGCUGGGACAUACAAGUGUGUCGCUACCAAUGGAGACCAGCAAGCGGAGUCGACAGUCAAAGUGAAGAUCUUCCAAAAAAUCACCUUUCAAAACGCACCCUCACCCCAAGAGUUUACUGAAGGAGACAAUGCCAACAUUGUUUGUGAUGUUGUUAGUUCACCUCCACCCACUGUCCUCUGGAAAUAUAAAGGAGCGAAAAUACAGAUGGAAAAAGAUGUUCGGUUUAAAGUACUGAACAACAAUCACCUUCAAAUCCGUGGCAUAAAGAAGACGGAUGAGGGCUUGUAUACCUGCGAGGGUCGCCUGAUGGCGCGCGGCGAGAUUGAUCUGCGUGUCAUCAAGGUCGUUGUGAAUGUGCUCCCGACAAUCAGGAUAUGGCAGUCAGAGGUAAAUGCUACAGCAGACGUUUUGCAGCCGGCUAUCCUGACUUGUGCUGUUGAUGGUUAUCCUGAACCCAUGGUGACCUGGACAAGGAACGAAGUGAACCUUGAGGCAGGAGAGAAGUACAGCUUUAAUGAAGAUGGCUCAGAAAUGACGAUAAUGGAUGUUACCAAACUGGAUGAAGGAGAGUACACCUGCAUUGCCAAGAACAAGGCUGGAGAAACUGAAAAGGAACUCAGUCUGAAAGUGUUUGUCAAACCUAACAUCACAUACAUCAUAAACCAGACUGCUACCGAGAUGGAAGAACAGGUAACCCUGACUUGCGAGGCGUCGGGGGACCCAACUCCCACCAUUACCUGGAGCUACGGAGGUCAUGUCUUCACAGAAGGAGAGCAGGCACAUCUAAACAGGAUCUAUCAGGCAUCAUGGACUCGGCCUGAGCAACACAAGAGCCCGGAUGGAAACAUAGUGGUGAGGAGUCACGCUCGUGUGUCCUCCCUCACCCUGAAGUAUGUCAAGUAUACAGAUGCUGGUCAGUACCUCUGCACAGCACACAGCGUCAUCGGAGAGGAUUAUCAAACAGCAUAUAUGGAGGUCCGCUAUACUCCUAAGAUAAAUGGUACAGUGGCAGUGUAUACCUGGGAGGGGAAUCCUGCCAAUAUCAGCUGUGAGGUCAAAGCUCAUCCCAGUGAUGUCUCUAUUGUGUGGCUGAGAGACGGGUUGCAGCUCCCCAACUCAAACACCACCAACAUUAAGAUCUUCAGGACUCCCUCAGCCAGCUUCCUGCAGAUAACCCCCGAGUCUGAAAAUGACUUUGGAAGCUAUAACUGCACUGCUUCAAAUGAGAUGGGCACAGAGUCCAAGGAGUUCCUGCUCAUUCAGGCUGAGGUUCCGUCAACUCCAUCCAUCGUGGAGGUGAGGCCAUUCUCCACCACAGCACUGAUCCAGUUUCAGGAGCCUGAAUCCACUGGAGGCGUUCCUGUCCUCAAAUAUAGAGCUCAGUGGAGGAUGCGUGGCAGAGGCAGCUGGGUGCAGAAAGUCUAUGAAGUCCAAGAUGGCUCCAUCGGUGAGGUAACAGUCACAGGCCUGAAGCCAGACACGAGCUACGAAGUGAAGUUGUCAGCCGUCAACGGCAAGGGUGAAGGUGAAAGCUGUAACGCUGCGUUCUUGAAGACGGAGCCUGUUCGCCACACUUACAACAACGGCAUUUUUCAUUUUUUCACUGAAGACACAGAAGGGAAUCCUAAUCCUCCUAAACUUGAAGGAGCACUUCAACGUAAAGGCAACUCCCUCAGAGUGAGCUGGAUCAAGCAGGAUGAUGGCGGCUCUCCCAUCUUACAUUAUCUUAUCCGUUAUAAACCAGUGCAGUCUUCAGAGUGGAAACCAGAAAUCCGGCUGCCCAGUGUCAGUGAUCACAUAGUUCUCAGUGGGUUAGAGUGGGACACAGAGUACAACAUCUACGUGGUGGCAGAGAAUCAGAAGGGCAAGUCUCAGCCAGCAACCAUGUCCUUCAGGACUUCGUCAGAGCCAGAGGCCAUCCCAGAUUUAAGUGAAGAGUCUCCGCUCUCCAUGGGCAUCAUGCUCUGGGCAGGAAUCCUCGUUGUGGUAUUUAUACUCCUGCUCCUGGCUGUGGAUGUCACCUGUUACUUUGUUAACAAAUGUGGCCUCAUCAUGUGUCUCUGCGGCAAGUCGGGCACAGGGACCAAAGGGCACAACUUAGAGGAGGGCAAGGCAGCCUUCAUGAAAGAUGAGUCCAAAGAGCCAAUAGUGGAAGUCAGAACAGAGGAUGAGUGCUCAGCCAAUCAUAACGCAGCAGGACCCGUAGAGCCGAAUGAAACCACACCUCUCACAGAGCCAGAGAAGGCGGCUUACACUGCUGCUCUGGCACUGGACACCCUCUCCUCCGUAGCCACCAACUCUGACACAGCCACUGCAACAAUUGAUCCCGCUCAGGACAGCCCCUCUAGUGAAACCACUACCCUCACUUGUAGCCUGUCCACCCCAGCCAACGAACCCUCACCCACCCCUGUCCUGGCUCCGGCCCCGACUCCAGAAUCGAACACGGCCCCGCCGCCCCCCCUCGUCUCCACAGCUGCUGUUGAAGCUAAAAUGGCCCCGCUAAUAGAACAGAGAGGAAGAGAUGCCCCAGAAGAACAGGAGAAAUUAAACACUCCUCCUUGCACCCCCGAACAGAUCAAACCUCAAAAAUCUGGGACGCCAAUACCACCGAAGCGUAGACACUCUCCUAAACUUGCUGCUCUGAAUGCUAAAAGUAGCCCCCCUGUUUCUCCUCUGGCUGUCUCUCCUGUAUCUUCCUCUCCCACUUUAGACAACAGGAAACCUGCUCCAAGCCCACCAGUCACUAAACCUCCCACACAGCCAAACACUGUAGCCUUAAAUCCAGAGCCACCAGUACAAACUGCCUCAUGUCUAGCAACUACUGCCCCUGCACCAGACCCAGAUUCAAAACCUACAGCCCCAGAUUCCAGUGGGCGUAGCCUUACUGCCUUUAACAAAGACAAAACUGUUGAUCAAACUGCUGACAGUACCACGCCCACUGCCAGAGUUGCUACUACUAGUUCACCUGCAGUGAUCCACGGUGUUUCUGAAGACCUGGAUGCUGUAAACCCUGGUUCUCUAGUUUCAGGCAUUCCCUCACCUUUACCUGUUACUCCUAUUCCUUCCAAUCCUGUCCCUGUGAAUCUUGAGGCGUUGCCAUCGAACAACCUUCUUAUAUCAGCGUCAGACACAUAUGACUUACUGACCCCUGACAUGGAGCCCAAAAAUGCAGAUUUAGACUUAGAGAUGAUAAACGGGACAGAAAGACCCUCCAUGCCCCCCGCAGAUCUCAUUAGCUUAGACAGCCCACCAGCUGCCCCCUCUCUACCCAAUGGAGACGAAGCAGACCCCCCCUCAGGCCCAGUUCUACAGCCAUCAGAGACUCUGGCCAAGACUGCUCCUCCUGUCAACGAUGAGAAGAUUUUUUCUGAUGAGAAGGGCAAACUUGAGGAGGGAGGCUUACCAAACACCCUGAUCUCUGCAGAACACAACAGUGUCAUACAGACAAAUACAGCCGAGAGCAAAGCAUGAUGGGCCGGGGACAUCCCAGCCCUAUCCAAAACAUUUUGCAGCAGCAGCAUCGAGCAAGAAACACUGCAGGAGUUUUUGGUUUCCAGUGCCCUUAUCUCCACUCUCAAAACAACACGCGUGUCGAUUGGUUAGAGCGCACUUUGACUGUGCUUUCAUUUCUGCUCUCAUUCAUGAAAUGUUUACUACAUCCAAGGAGUUUAUCUGUAGGUCAUAAGAGAUUUGUUUUAUUUUUUUAUUAUUAUUUUAUUUAACCAGUCAGGAAGAUUAAGAACAAUCUCUAAUUAUACAGAUCACUUAUACAUACAUAUAUAUAUAUAUAAAAAUUUGACUCUACUUUCUAUUGUGCUUAUAGUUUGGACUGCAAUUGCGCAAAAGUAUUGGAUUCUUAUGAGAAAUGUAAAGGUAAAAAAACAACUGACUAUAGAAAUUAUUUUUCUUAUUUUCAUGCUCUAAUGUUCAAAUGUAAAUGUUUUUUUCAGCAUUUUUUUAAGUUUGACUUCUUUUGUGGCCUAGUCUCAUUAAAUAGCUUGUUCUGCAUGUCUGACCUGCAAUUGGUUGUGAAGUUUUGUUUACAAGGUUUACUGUUUCACUUCGUCUGCUACGGGGAUGUUUAAUCACGCGCAGAUAUGAUUAAAUAUACACUCGAGUUCGGCCUUUGGAUUAUAGCCAUUUUUUAUGGUUAUAUGAAAUCCAGGAUUAACCCACAGCCAGCUGCAGGGGGGAAAGAGGCUGAGAGAAUCCCACAAGUACAUGAUGUGCAUGAUUUGAUCUGAUUUACACCAUUUCUGGAUCAAAUUUAUUCAGUCUGUCACUGCCUUACCAGAUUGGUAGUUAAAAUAUUCAUUAAUAAAAUGUAUUUGAUUUAGAGAAAAACAAAAAGGCGACUCCUUGAACGCUAACAGUCACAGACCAAAAAAACAAACAAACAAACAAACAGGAGGCAGCACAGCUGCUGAUUCUCAGCCGCUGGUUGAAGAACUGUGGAUCAAGCGAAUGUCUUGUGAUCUCGAGCUAAAUUUGUUUGUUUGGGGGACGACUAUGAGAGCUGUAGUUCUUCCUCCCAUUUACGCAGAUCAAAGGUCUGGCUUCAUAGUUUUGAGUUGUGCAUUUGAAGCAAAAAAAAAAAAAAACAUUUAAAAAAGGAAAUUUAAAAAAGCAUUUUUUGUACUAUUUAAAAACUACAAAGAUUUCUUUUCUGUUCCUGCCUGCAAGCUUGUGCACUGUGCCUGUGUGUCAAUAGAUUGUCUUGUCAUCAGUUUCUAUGAUAAUCUGCAUAGCUUCGUUGUGAGAAAUUUAGCCUAUUCUUUUUAUUUGAUGUGUUAUUAGAAGAAAAAGUACGAUAAAUGGACUAAUGUGGUCAUUAUAACACGUGUAGUGUAUGAAACUGUCCGUCUCUGGUCACAGCACCAUAUUAUCGCCAGCUGUAGUGAAGGAAGGCGUUUCAAGCCUCGGCAUGAAUUCAGUCAGUACAUCAUAACGUAUAACUACAAGGCAGAUAGACAUGCCCGUGUUUGUAUGGGGGCAAAUAGUGCUCAUAUUGAUUUAAUGAGUGUUACCUUUGGGGCUUGCUCUGGCAUAAUUAUACACAUUGCUUUUAUUUUUUAUUUUUUCCCCCAGUUGUUAUUCAAGUGUUCUGUAAUGUGAUCUCUGAAAUUCUUUUUUUUUUUUAAAGUUUUUGUCUUUUUGUACAAAAAUCACUCACCAAGAGCGACUGCUUGACGAUACCAUUGGCAGGAAGCAAGGUGGUCCACCUAAGACAGAUGAUCAUACUUUUUUUUUGUACCAUCACAAAAAUCAGAUACAGUUUUAAAGCAGGAAUAAAAGAAGAUCUUUACUCUCCUUGUACUCCAGUGCUGUCACCAGACCACUUUGCUCUCUCGCCUCUGGAUGCUCCUUUUGGUUUUAUUGGGUCAAACUCAGAAAAUAUCUGUUGUGUACAGUCUGAGUGCUAACCCAUUUACAAAAUAAAAUGGUUUCCAAAUCUAA